GACACGCUUUAUGAGUGAAAUUGGGCAAAAUACGGAAGACGUGCAGCCGUAGGGGACCCGCCGAGGCCGAGGGAGUCUGCUGGGGCCCCUGUGAGACGAAAUGGCUGGAAACACGUGACGCGAGGUGAAUGUGUGGCCCAGAAGCUUCGGGCCUGUAUGCUUGUUUUGGUUGUUCGUUAGGCUAACCGCUUACUCGCGGCGCCGCUUCUGUGGCAAAAAUCUAGCAAAACACCGAGAAAUUCGGUGAAAGUGGUCGUGUUAUGAGAAGCGUCGGACCAAAUCGGGGUCCGGCUACCGUGGAUUACGUGCUCCCUAAGCUCGGAUACCUUUUUUAGUGUAUUGGUCGCUCUCGAACACCAUACAUACGCACAGCGAGGCUGAUGUUACUGUGUCGAGCAAGUUCAGUAUUGUGCGGGGGCGUAGGGGAGCCCAAGGGGCUAUCGGGGGAGCAGUGAUGACCUAGGAGAGUGCCGACAGGCGGACGAGAGCCCCUCUCGGAGGCAUCUCCUACCCGCUAUUCAACUUACACUCAACAACAACAACUACAGUGGAAAUAACCAUAGCAACAACAAAUACAGCACUCCGGUCGGAGUCGUGCAGAAGGAAGACAGUUGUGGGAAAUACACCCGGGCGUUAACGCAAAUAACAGAAAUCCUCACUUCGGUAAGGCCAUCUUCAUCAGUCGAUUGGCCAGUCAUCUGUCGCACCAACGGCAACUCAGCAGCCUACCCUGGAGUGACCGUAAACGUAACUUCCUAUCUAGCUGCUUUUGGUCGCUGCCUUAUAAAGGCAUUUUGUGAUUUUCUUUUUCUAACUGCUUGUGCUGAAAUUGCUGUUGGUGACCACAACCAUCCGGCAAGAUGUCGAAGUUGUCGUUCCGUGCUAGGGCGCUGGAUGCCACUAAGGCGAUGCCGGUCUACCGAUCUGAAGAGAUUCCUGAUUUGCCUGAUUUUGCCGCUAUCAAUCGUGCCGUUCCGCAGAUGCCGACCGGCAUGGAGAAAGACGAGGAGUGUGAAACGCAUUUGCAGCGCGCGAUGACGGCUCAGCAAACGUACGGGCACACUGGCGAGCUUGUCAUUCCAACGCCGGACGUGUUUCCUUUAGAAGCGCACGUCCACGACAAGCUAUAUCCUUCAAAUUUUAAGCUGCCUAAGCAGCUAAUCUAUGUACAGCCGCUAUUAGCGGGGUUGGAUGAUGACACACCAGAAUAUGAUUUGGACAGCGAGGAUGAGGCCUGGCUAAAACGACAGAAUGGUGUUCGUGACGGAAGUUUCAAGCUAAGUGCAUUGCAACUCGAGACGAUGAUUGAUCGGCUUGAAAAGGCCUCAGGCGGCCAUCGUGUCGUUCAGAUGAACGAGGCUAAACUUCUUCUCAACCAUGAUGAUGAUGUUCUUAUUGCUGUUUACGACUACUGGCUAAAUAAGAGGUUAAAGUUAAAGUCUUCGACGUUAACGCCUCAAAUAAAAACGGAAAAGCGCGACGGCUCGAAUUCAGCUAACCCGUACGUAGCAUUUCGGCGACGAACAGAAAAGAUGCAGACACGAAAGAAUCGUAAAAAUGAUGAGGCGAGCUACGAGAAGAUGCUCAAACUCAAACGGGACCUCAAAAAGGCGGUUACUCUCCUUGAGAUGGUCAAAAAACGGGAAAAGCUCAAGAAAGAAGACCUCAAUCUCACUGUUGAGGUGUUCAGAGAGCGGGUGCAAGCGGGUGAUUUCAACGGGGCGUUGGUAGCUGAGACGUUGCAGGAGCUCGCACGGAAGAAGCAACAGAUGCAACUGGCUCAAGCGCGGGAACGGGAACAACUACUGGGUAUUAGUCUAAGCUCUGGAGGCCGAGGCGGCGCGGCAGCAGGCCGGAACAGUAAUAACAGUAAUAAUAAUAACAAUAAUAAUAAUGGAUAUGCCGGCUCUGCAGCUAAUGCGCACCAAAUUCGAGAACUCAAGGCUAAGCACCGAAAGACCGCGCAGGGACCGCGGAUAUCGUCGUCUUCGCACAAACGGCAAAAGGAUCGAGGAGCUGCGAGCGCGACCGACACGCGGUUAGCAGAGCAUCCGAGCAAUGGAGGAGCUGGAGCCCCAGGAACGGCGCUAUUAACAACAAUAGGGCGGGAAGCACGAACUGUUGAAACAUCGGGACGCUGUCCUUUAACGACGACGUUAGGAGGAAGCCCAGGGACGGCCACUCCUACACCUACAACGACUGUGGGUCCGGCCGGACUAACCACACAAGGGACACCGGGACAGGGUGGGCAGAUUCCGGCCGACUCCGCCUCAGUAGGACCUUUGGGACCUAUGCUACUUUCGUCAGACGAAGAUGAUGAUGAGGCAUUAUCUUCCGGUGCAGAAGAACGGGCUGACGCUUACACCGAUAUGAGCCAUGAACCGGACGGCAUCUUUACGUUCAGACGAAAACGGAACGUCACGUACCUGGCGCCAUUACCGUUCGAAACAACGUUGCCACCACUGCCAGGCGAUCCGAAUCUACCACCUCCUCUGUCAUUGCGGCCGUAUGAGCAGGUUCCACGGCAAGAACAGUUCCACCUAAUGAGUUUGCAGCUCGAAUCGGAUGACAGCGAUCUCAGCGGCCAUGAAGGAGAUGACUCUACACGAAGUCAAAGUCAUUCGCUAAUACCCCGUCUGGACGAAGCGACGGCACGAAGGCGAGCGCUUGCCGUUGGACCGCAACCUCGCGACGGUCAGGAAUACUUUAUGACAUUUAGUGGAGUACGGGCUCGGGCACUUUCUACGCUGCCACGACCGGCUGGUGAGGCUGGUGUUAAACGAAAGCGUCUAGACACGAAUUACCUCACAUUAAUGGGUAGACGACGCCUAGGCCGGGGAGGACGUAUUGUCUUUGACCGGAUCCGAAUGAGCAGCCCAGAAGCUAGUCCGUAGAGCCUGCAGGCGUUCAGUUGUCAUUUAUUUAGGUGCCCCUUGUAUAUGGUUGAAAAGUGACUAGAGACGGGGGGACGGAUGAAGACAUUGCGAAGAAAUCGAAGACAUUCUUUCAUUGUCUUUUAGACAAAGAGAAUGACAAAAAGAAGAAUAGGGUGAUGCACAGUCCCACUGACCAGAUGAUGAAGGUGCUUCUUGCCGUUGCUGCACUCCACUUGCCUCGCAGAACGUUGAGGCGAGGUCAUAGAAUUUCAGGAGAAGAAGAAGACGACGACGACGACGACGACGACCACGAAAAGGAUAUGACGGACAUCUGAAGAUCAAUUCAGUGAGAGAACAGCAGAGAAACUGGAAAGAGAAAAAAACGGCCUAACGAAGGUAUGGAGAAGAAAAUGCCUCUGUCUGGCUAAAGUACAGUGUAGAUGUAAUAGUGUACUAUAAGAAAAAAAGUAAUCGUAGAAGUGGUAGAAUACUUCAUCGCUUGGUGCGGUGAUGUUGGUUGGCGUGCACGCACUUACAUUGACUUUACGGAAAUGGAGGAAUCUGGAGAGAGAAAAUCUCACCUGAACCGGGUACAUAUUAAUAUAGAGAUUGAUAAGAUCAGGGAGUUUCCGUCCCGCCUGUUCAAUGCGAUAAAGGGGGGGAAACACUGAGAUUGUUGGCGUAAACGAAACAUGGAGGGUAUGGACAAUGACGACGACAACAACAACAACAACAACAACAACCACUACUACUACUACAACAACAACUACUACUACUACUACUA